GCUCCUUAAGCUCUCAUGACGCAGCAGCAUUCUUGAAUCCUUGCAUUGGCCAAAUUUGCUUUGACAUUGCAGACGCAGCCAAACUCUGAGGGAAGACCGAGGAACUCACAAAGCGGCCAAUAUGUUGGCCUCAAGGUUGCGAGCGCCAUCCCAAUUGGGGCGGAGUAUAAGGCAGCUCACUACGCUGGCAUCUAAUCCCCACAUUAAAGUGUUCCCGAACCCUUCCAAUCCGACGACCCACCUACUGACCUACCUCGGGACGACGCCCCCCGACCCGGGCCUCGCAAUCGGCGUCACAACCGCCAUCCCGCCGGCCCCGAGCUCCUUCAAGGAGAACCGCCGCUUCCUCCAGAUCCUCAACGACGUGCUAGCCGAGCAUGCCAAGGACGACCGCGACCUCGCGAACCAGGCACAGGCGCUUGCCGGGCCCGGAGGCGCAAACCUCGGCUCGGGCGGGGCCUUCUUCCCGCAGGCUAAGCGGCGGCGAGGUGGCAGCGGCGCCGGCCUCGGGGGCGGCGGAGGGGCUGGCGGCUCGGGCGCCGGGGGUGCGAGCGCGCAGGGCGGCGCCGGCGGCGGGGGCAUCGGCGGAUGGGUACAUCUCAGCGACUCGAGGAAUCCACCGGACUUUGGACGCAUUGCCUGGCCUGAGGAUAUCCUCGGGAGCGUCGAGGUGAAUGGCCAGGGCGAAAUCAUUGGCAACUUUCAGCCAAGCGGGACAUAUCGGAUAGUCACGAACGAGGGGAUCCUGGGUCUGAGCGACUUCCUGCGGGAGAAACUGGUUGCGCGCCUUCGAGCAGAAGAAGGGUCAUCUAGGUAAUGGCCGUGCUUUUGGUCAUAGGCCUCCCGAGGUAUCCCACGUUACACCAUGUGGGUGGAAUAUGCUGUACGAUGUAAUGGUGGUGAGGGCAGUCUACGCUGAGGAAGAUCCACGGCGAGGCCGCGGAUGCCUUGCCAUGCCGAUCUGUAUGAUUAUAGCACAUGAGGUAGGCAGUCUGCCAGUCAGUGCCUCUGAACUGUUGAAGUGUAUAGGUCAGCCUCGGGAAAUAUGUGUACAGUACAUUUUGAAUGCGGGCUUGAAGAGGCUGGCGAUCGGCAAUACACAUGUUAUAAUAAUGCAUGUAAACGGGUCAGCAUCGGCUUAGAAGCUUCCUACAGACAGACAUAAUUCGAACUCGAG